GCUCCCUAACACCAUCUGCCUGACCUAAGCUUUGCCAUGUUGCUGCCACUAUUGGGCACUUGUGCCCUAGUGGGGCCAUUCCAGGGCCCUGAGUGGGAACCUGUGCGGGACCUGCUUUCUCAGGAUCGCAGCUGCAGGGACCCUCGGUGCUGCAGCAACCUGCUUGUCCUCUGCCUCUUUCUAAUUUGGCAGGUCCGGCACUCUUGGUACCAGAUCACCAGGACCCGCCCAAGAAUGAGGAGUUUCAUCAAGGCACCACUGCAGGAGUGGGCAGUGCCCCCCAGGACAUGUGAAGCCCUCUUCAGGCUGGUUCCUGCAUUUGUCUGCAGUCCUGGCAAGUUCAGGGGCCCGGAUGCUCAUGUCCAGAAAUGGGCACGAGAGCAGAGAUGGGGAUACUGGAGGGACCUCCAGGACUCAUGGGACCCAUCCCUACUCUCUCUGGACCCGUAUCAGGACUCGCCCUGGGGUGUCCACGUGCCCUCCGAACCCAUCUUUUGUACCACCUCUUUUUCAAGCAACUCUCUGGUCCCUCUGGAGAGUUCCUGGGAAGCAUGGCAAGUACCCUUGUGUGUCAGGGAUGACUGGACUCACCCCGCCUUGGGCAUGUGCCAGAGGAUGGAGCAGCUGCUGGUUCACUCCCAGGAAAGGUCGGUACCACAGGAGCCUGUCAUCAGCAUGAGGUUCCACCAUACCUCCACGACCUCAGCCAUCUCACUCCCUAAAUUCCCUUCAGCUCAGAGUCCACAAUUCCCGCCUGAUUCUUCCCACCAACAACUGAUAGUGCCCUCCUGGGACUUCCCACGGGAGGCCUGGAUGCCGGGAAGUGAAAGCCAGACAGUAGGCAGAGAGGACAUUACUGAGAUCCAGACUCCAGGGAGGGAGAACCAGGUAGAGAACAGAAGGGAGGAUAACUGGAAAAUCCAGGCGUCUGGGCAGCAACUCCCAACAGACUUUGGAAUGGAGGAUGAUGCAGAGGCUAAAGUCCUGGGGCGUGGGAGCCAGAGACUAGUAAUAAAUGAGCUUGAUGAGGAGAUUCUGACGCCAGCAUCCAGGGAGAACCAGGACCAGACGGGGCUUGAGAAUAGAUCCAAAAGUCAGGAAGUAGGAAAAAGAAACCAAAGGGAGUCCAGAAGUAAGAAUCCUGAAACCCAGGCACGUAUGGAAGACACCCAAGAACAGUUAAGAUGCAAAAUUUAUUCAGAGACCCAAACACCAGAGUGGGGCAACCAGGAGAAGAGUGGAGGUGAGGAUGUUGUGGAGACCCAGACAUUUGAGAGGGAGAACAAGAAUGAGGCCACAGAGGAGGAUAAGGGUGAGAUCCAGGUGCAGGGAUUGGGGGUGCAGGUUCAGACUGGAGGUGAGAAUGAUGCAGAGACCCAGAUACUAGAGUGUGGGAAACAAGAUCAGAUUAGAGGUAAUACUGGUGCAGAAAUUCAGACAGAAGGAGGGAGAAACAAAGACCAUGUUGGAGGUAAGGAUGCUGGGCAAACUCAGACAGCUAGGAGGGAGAACCUGGGAGAAGUGGAGAAAGAGAAUGGCACAGAGAUCCCAGCCCUGAAUCAGAGACAUGAGGGUGUCACGGAGAUUCAGACGCCACAGUGGGAAAAGCAGGGUCAGGGAGGAAGUGAGGAAGCUGGAAGGUCCCAAGCAUCCAGAGGAGAGAACCAGAAACUAUUAAGACAUGCGACUCAAGUGGAAUGGGGAAACCAAGGCCUGGGAAGAGGUGGCGAUGCUAGGGAAACCCAGGUGUCCAAGGCAAAGAAGCUCCGGGAGAUAAGAGAGGAGGAUUGGGUGGUGAUCCAGGUACCGUUGUGGGGAAACCAGAGUCCAGCGGCAAGUGAAAUUGAUAGAGAAUUUGAGACAUCAUGUUGGGGGAAUGAGAAUGAGGCUGGAGGUAAACACAGGGCAGAAACGCAGGCACCAGAGACAGAGAUGAGAGACCAGAGAAAGGACAAAAAUGAAGAUACUACAAGUACCCUGGUGCUCAAGGUCAAGAAUCAGGGACAUUUAAGAGGGGAAACUGAGGUGGAGACCCAUCCAGUAGAGAAGGAGAACAAGGAGCAAUUUGGAGAUGGCCACAGAACAGACAAUCAGGGACCAGGGAAUACGGGCAAGGUUAGAUAUGCACAUGGUAAAGAAACCCAGGAACUUGGGGGAGGAAAUGAGGGCCAAUUAGGAAGUAAGUCUGAUGGGAAGGUUCACGUACCAGAACUGAGGAAUCAGGAACAUAGUAGCAAGCCUGGUGCAGAUAUCCAGACAGCUGGGUCAGAAAACUGGGGAGAAUUCACAAGUAAAAUAGACGGAGAAACCCAUUCAUUACAGUGGAAGAAAGAGGGGCAGGUUGGAGGUGAAAAGGGUGCAGAAAUUCAAAUACGAGGGAAGAGGUACCUGAGUGAGGCUGGAAGUGAGGAUGGUACAGAGAGCUGGGCGCCAGGGGAAGAAAACCAGAGUCAAUUAAAAAAUGAUAGUGACAGAAAGACCCCUUUAGCAGAGUGCAAGUACCAGGGACAUAGGGGGGGUAAGAACGGAACAGCAAUUCAGGCCCCAGAGAAAAGAAGCCAGAGAGAACCUAGAGGUGAAGAUUGUGCAAAGACCCAGACUCCUGAGCAAGGGAACCAGGUACAAUUAGAUGGUGAAACUAGCGGGAGCCACUCACCAGGGAGGAGGGGCUGGGAACAGGGGGAAAAAGGAAAGAACAGUGCAGAAAAUCAAGCAUCGAAGAAGAGAAACCAGACAGCAGUUGGAAGUGAGAAUCGUAGAAAGAUCCAGAGACUUCGGGGAAAGAACCAGAACCUGUUAAGUAAAGUUAAUGGGAAGACUUGUUCAUCAGAGUGGAAGAACCAGGAACAGAAUGGUGGUGGGAAUGGUGCAAAGAUUCAAACACAACAGGAGAGGACCUUGAAUGGAACUAUCAGUGAUGGUGGUACAGAGACCCAGGCUCGUGGGGGAGAUGACCAGGCACAGUUCAGAAGUAAAACUGAUGGGGAGCUUAAGACACAAGGGCAAGAAACCCAGAAGGAGGAUGCUGGAGACAUCUGGAAUGUAGAGAGCCAGAGAAAGCGCAGAGCUGAGGAUGCUGGAGGGCCCCAAGCACCAAGGCAAGGAAACAAGGACCAGGUCGAAGGAAAGGAUGCUGCUAAAGCCAGUCUACAAGUUGACUGUUCUCGGGGUGAGGGGCCCACAGGCCAGGAGCACAGCCUGGUACAGCCCCCAGCCCUCACUAGCUCUGGAUAUGGGCCCAUGGAACAAGAGCAGGCAGUGGCUGCAAAUGCUUUAGCCUUUGCUCCCCAUCUUGAGAGGAAGCCUCCCUCCCACCAUGGUGAGGUCUUCCUGCUGGCUGGUGGUGAAGGAGAGCUUCUGGCCAGCCAGAGCAUGGCCCAUGCCAAGGAGCACAGAGUGAGAGCCAGUUCAGCCUCCCAGCAGGCCCAAUCUGAACCCCAGAGAAGAUGGCAAAGGGGCAAAGGGACAGAUGCAGGGAGAGCCUCCAGCCUGCCUUGGCAGCCCCAGGACCCACAGUCUUUGGCUACUUCCUUGGGCGUACCACCUUCCUGCCUCUCUCUCCUGUGUGACCAGGCCCCGGAAGCUGCCACUGUCCUCACAGGCCUGCCUAAAUGGCCAGUCCUCAAGAAGAGCAAAUGGCUGCUCCUGGAGUCUCUUAUGCGGCGGCGGAUUGCACACCUGAAGUGGGGCCUCCCCCGGCGGAUCCUGGAAUCCUAUCUGCUCUUUAGCCUUUUAGACCCUUGCUCAUUGCCCCCAGUCAGGGUGAGGGUCCCUGGAUCAUGCACUGGCCAGAAGCUCCAAGGGCAGCCAAAAAGACAUUGUGAAACUCAGGACUCCACUCCAGGCCUUAGGUCUCAAGAAAGGUCUUGGGGGGAUUGUUCCCCAGAAAGAAAAAGCUCAAAACUUCCUCCAUGGGCCAGAGCUCUGGAGAAGCAUCCAUCACGUGUAUCUGUGCCACUAGGGAUUUCAAUCUCUCCUGAAAAGGCCAGGAGAGUCUGGCCACCGGGGGGCGCCAGAGAACCACGGGAGAUUCAGGCAGCAGCUUCAAGGGCCCAGCUCCCUGCUCCCAGGAACUCCAGGCCUGCAGCAGAGACUAAGAGCUGGUGUGGCAGAGAAAGGGUUCGAGAGCCUUCCUGUGAGAACAACAGGGGCAAGAAAGCUGUCAGGGCAGGGGACUUCCAGGUGGGAGAGGGGGCUCCCAGCAGAGGGAGGACCUCAUCCUCUAAGGCAGCCCUCAACUACUGGAGUAAGGCAAGCACAUCCUGGGAGGCCUCUAAGCCCCCUAGACUCAAAUGUCAGCAUCCCACAUACAGGAGAAGAGGAAGCCCAGAGGUUACGGAGGGUAGAAAGACUGGACAGCAGCCUUCCUUCAGUUCUACAGCCACCUCCAGCUUCACUGAGAGUCUCAACUCUGCUGCAGCAAGGCUGAGCACAACCCUUCUGAACAAGAUGUCCUGGUCCCAGCAGCUGGCCAAGCCCCAGCGUUCAGCCCCCAACCUGAGCCAGCGCUAUCUAGAUCCCACUCCGUGUCCUAAAGUGGGUAAUCCAUAUGCACGGGCAGCUAACACAGGCGUCCACACUGUGAAAGGAGACCAUCAGCCACCAGCUCACUGCUGUGCUGGGACUGCGCUUCCUAGGAGAGAGAGCCCCCAGAGUCAGGGGGCUCCUGGGAACCUACAUGGAAUUCCACGGAAUCUAAAAUUUGGUUUUAUGAGGCAUUUGAGGUAUUUUCUCUCUCGGUAUGGCUUUAAAAAGUAGAUUGCAGGCCCAGAAUCCUCAGGACACAUGAGAGGAGGCAUGAAAGUAGUGUGUUGACCCCCAGAGCCUCUAAUAAAGUUGGAUAUUU